AUGAGUUCAAUUCCUUCGUCCUCGGAGUCUUCGCCGAAGCUUCGGUCUCACUCACCAGUCCAUUUCCCCUCUACGCCUGCCACAGAGGUAGAGCUCGAUCACUUUCAUGGCGGCUUCGAUGAUGUUGUGUUCCGAGCAAGAGCAAAUCAGUAUGUCCUGGUCACUGGUGGACUAGGUUUCAUUGGCAGCCAUACAUCCGUAGAGAUUCUCAAGGAGGGUUAUAAUGUCAUCAUCAUCGACGAUCUCAGCAACAGCCGACAGGAUGCCCUCCAGGGCAUCAACACCAUAGCACAACGCCACUUCAAACACUUGCCCAACCGCAAGUGUCCCAAGGUUGAACUUCACUCCAUUAAUUACCGCGAUGACGCGGCCAUGAGGGAUAUCCUCGACGCACACUCAUACAAGAGCCCCUCUGGUGUGAUCCAGCGGUCCAACAUUGUUGGUGUCAUUCACUUUGCAGCAUACAAGGCUGUCGAGGAGAGCAUUCGCUUCCCCCUCAAGUACUAUCGCAACAACAUCAAUGGUCUCGUCGACUUCACAACCUUGCUGGAGGAGUACUCCAUCAAGACAUUCAUCUUCUCUUCCUCGGCCGCCAUCUACGGCUCCUUGGCCGAGGCUGGUGUACCUCUACGUGAGGAGAACUGUGUUCAGCAGUGCGAGCAGGGCCGCGAGGAACCUGGCUAUGAGAACCUACCACAGGCGGGCUGCAUUGACAUCACCAACCCCUAUGGUCGCUCCAAGUUCUUUGGCGAGGCCGUCCUGUCGGACCUUGUCCGGUCCGACCCUUCAUGGAACAUUGUCGUCCUGAGGUACUUCAACCCCGUCGGCUGCGAUGCCUCGGGCCUGCUCGCCGAGGACCCUCGGGGCCCGCCCUCGAACCUCCUGCCCGUCGUGACCCAGGUCAUGACUGGCAAGCGCGACGUCAUCAAGAUCUUUGGCGGCGACUGGAACACGGCCGACGGCACUGCCAUUCGCGACUUUAUCCACGUCUCGGACCUGGCCCGCGGCCACACCGCCGCCCUGUCCGCGUGCCGUCACGGUGCCAUUCUGGACGGAUACCGUACCUACAACCUCGGCGCCGGCCAGGGCAACACUGUCCUCGAGGUGGUCCACGCCAUGGAGGCCGCCUCUGGCCGCUCCAUUCCCUAUGAGAUUGUUGACCGACGCGCCGGCGACGUCGAGUACAGCGUCGCGGCCGUCAGCCGUGCCUACAAGGAGCUGGGCUGGGAGACCAAGGAAACCCUGGAUACAGCCUGCCGCGAUAUUUGCAAUCGUUUGAACAUUGGUCCGUGA